AUGAACUUCACGAUGAUUAAUGUUGCCUUUGCAUUUGCCUGCCUCCUCAAGUUCUUGCAAGCUAGAUUAGGAGACCUUGAUCCAUUUGUGAUUCGCAAUUUGGCUGCAGAACAUGUGUUAUUGGAUGAGAAAUACAAUCCUAAGUUGGUUGAUUUCAGCAUGAUAACAGGUGGAAUAUUUCCAAAUAGGCAAGUAUACUCUUUUCAACCUUAUGGAAGCAGGGUUAACAGAGACCCAGACUUACUAUUUCAAGACUCACCAGCUUAUAUAGCAACCUGGACAAAAAAGAGUGAUGUUUAUGCAUUUGGUGUUAUGCUUCUAAGCCUAGUUUCCAAAAAGAUCACCACAGAUGAAAUGUGGCUAAUGGGUGAGAUUUCUGUAAGCGAAUGGGAACAUGAAAAAUAUGAGCUUUGCGAGUCAUUGGUUCACGAGAGCUUGCUGGCAGAUCCAUGUUUCUAUGAUGUUGAUGGGAAAAAGCUUUCAAUGAUAGGCGUGCUUUGUACAUCUUAUAAAUGUCAAGAUCGGCCGUCAAUGAAGGAAGUUGUCAAUAAACUUUUACAUCUGCGUGUUCUGCAGAAUCAAAAAGAACUUUUGAUCAAGAAACUCCACCCCUACUUCUCUUUUUAUACGUGGAAUAACAAGAAACCCAUUAACGAUAUGAAGUAUAGAGAUACCAAAAUAGAUAAUCUCAGCUAUUUUCGGGAUUACGAUAUCAGAAGAUUCACUAGUGACAAAUUGAAAUACUUCACUGACAAUUUCAGCAAAAACAAUUACAUUGGAAAAUUUCAGUUUGGCAAGAUCUUUCGUGGAGUUUAUACGAAUCGUUCUAUUGGAAAUCGAAACAUCAUUGUUAAGAUAUGGGACAAUGAUCAAAAUCUGCAACAUAAUUUACUAAGACUAGGGGUAUGGUUAUUUUUGAAAUUUCAUUUGUUGAACAUAUAA